AAAGCAGACGACAAUUGUUUAUAUGUUUUUAGUACACGUGAGUUUUUUUUUUAGAAUAAAAAAAUUCUUUUUAUUUGUCAUGACAGUUGUAAUUAAAUAAAUAAUAAUGAAGUUUAUUUAUGAAAUUUGUCAUAAAUAUGGUAAAUUUUAUUCAAUUUCAAAGCAUUAUUGUUCUUUAUGGGGGAAAUCAUGUUUAACUGUUGAUUCUAACCUCAAAAGAAUUGAGAAAAAAUUUGCAAUACGUUAUUAUUCCACAAUAUUUAAUGAUAAUUUAACGGAAAAAUCGGUGAAAAAUUUUUUGGAUCAUGCAACAAAAGUUUAUGAGGGCAAGGAAGAGGAUAAAUCGGAAAUUGGUGAAAUUCUUGAAAUUCAUGAAGUGAAGAAACUUGUUCAAGAUAGAAUCAAUAUUAUUGAAAAUAUUCAAUCUUUAGAUGAAUUAAUGAAAGACGACAAGGAAAUGAAACAACUCGCCAAUGAAGAAUUGACAAUAUAUAAAAAUUCAUUGAAAACAAUUGAUGAGAAUCUUAUCGAAAAAUUAUCAAUAUGUCUUGGACGUGAUUUAUGUGAGAAUAUAAUAUUAGAAAUUACUGCCGGCGUUGGUGGACAAGAAUCAAUGUUAUUCGCUUAUAAUUUAUUGGAAAUGUAUUGUCAUCAUUUGAAUUAUUUAGAUUAUAAUUAUGAAUUUAUUGAUCGUGAUAUGACGGCAAUUGGUGGUAUUCGUCAUGCAAGUAUUACAAUAAAUGGACAAUUUUCAUAUGAAAAAUUUCGUCAUGAAGCUGGUAUUCAUCGUGUUCAACGAAUACCAAUAACUGAAACAUCAGGACGUAUUCAUACAAGUGUUGUUUCAGUUGUUAUUUAUCCACAACCAAAUGAAAUUGAAGUUAAAAUAAAUGAUAAAGAUUUACGUAUUGAUACAUUUCGUUCGACUGGCGCCGGUGGACAAAAUGUUAAUAAAACUGAUUCGGCAGUAAGAAUUGUUCAUAUACCAACAAAUACUGUUGUUGAAUGUCAAGCUGAAAGAUCACAAAUAAGAAAUAAAAAAAUUGCAAUGAUUAAAUUGCGUACAAAAAUUUAUGAGACACGUCUUAAUGAACAAGUGACGAAAAAUCGUGAUAUACGACGUAAACAAAUGGGUUUUAAAAAUCGUAACGAGAGAAUUCGUACUUAUAAUUAUAUGCAAGAUCGUAUUACUGAUCAUCGUCUUGUGAAUGGAACAUAUUUUGGAAUGGAUUGUUUUAUGAAAGGAGGUGUUAAAUUAAAUGAAUUACAGGAUAAAUUGCAAAGGAAUUAUGAGAGAAAAUUAUUAAUUGACAUAAUCAAUGAGAAUGAGAAGAAAACAAGAUGAAGAUAUUUUUUUUUUUUGUAUGAAAUUGGAAAUUUUUUUCUGCAAUUAAUUCGAUAAUUGAAUUUUUUUUGGAAAAUAAAAUUUGAUAAAUUUUUUUUUCGAAAUUGUCGAAUAAUUGAAUCAUUUUUUUUUUUUUUUUUGGGGAAAAUGGGAAAUAAAAAAAUUUUUUUUUUUUUUUUGCAAAAAUAGAUAAAGAGAAAUUAAUUUACAAAUUUAUGCAGGGGAAAAAAUUAAAAGUUACAAAUAAUAUAUAAAAUUAAUUUCUCAAGAGAGAAAGAUUUUUUAAAAUUGGAGGAUUUUUUUUUUUU